CCGCGCGCGCGCACUCGCCGCGUCAUGCUCGCGUAGCUCCACCGCCAACAUGCUCGUGCCUCCUGAGAUGAUGGCGGCCCAAUCCAAGCUCGUCUACCAAAUGAACAAGUACUACAACGAGCGGGUCGCCAACAGGAAGGCUCAGAUCGCCAAGACGAUACACGAGGUCUGCCGGAUCGUGCAGGAUGUGCUCAAAGAGGUGGAACUUCAGGAGCCGAGGUUCAUCUCCUCGCUCACGGAUUAUAACGGAAGAUUUGACGGGUUGGAAGUGGUGUCGCCGCACGAGUUUGAGAUUGUGAUCUAUUUGAAUCAGAUGGGAGUGCUGAACUUUGUGGACGACGGGUCUCUACCGGGGUGCGCCGUGUUGAAGCUGAGCGACGGCAGGAAGCGCUCCAUGUCGCUGUGGGUGGAGUUCAUCACCGCCUCCGGGUACCUCUCCGCCAGGAAGAUCCGCUCGCGGUUCCAGACCCUCGUGGCGCAGGCCUGCGACAAGUGUUCCUACAGAGAUUGUGUCAAAAUGAUCGCCGAAACCACCGAAGUCAAGUUGCGGAUCAGAGAAAGGUACAUCGUCCAGAUAACGCCGGCGUUCAAAUGCGCCGGUCUGUGGCCACGGUCGGCCGCUCACUGGCCGCUGCCGGCCAUACCCUGGCCUCAUCCGAACAUAGUGGCCGAAGUGAAAACUGAAGGUUUUGAUCUCUUAUCAAAAGAAUGCCUCGCUUUACAAGGCAAGAACUCUGCGAUGGAAGGCGACGCCUGGGUGUUAAGUUUCUUCGAAGCGGAGAACCGCUUGCUACAAGGUGGCUGUCGGAGAAAAUGCUUGAGUAUACUGAAAACGAUCAGAGAUCGGCAUCUGGACUUGCCUGGCAAUCCUGUGACGUGUUAUCAUAUGAAGACGCUUUUGCUCUACGAAUGCGAGAAGCAUCCGAGAGAGCACGAGUGGGACGAGGGCGCGAUUGGUGACAGGAUAAAUGGGAUCUUCCUGCAGCUGAUAUCCUCGCUGCAGUGUCGCCGCUGCCCGCACUACUUCCUGCCGCACGUGGACUUGUUCAAAGGCAAGUCUCCGACGGCCCUCGAGAACGCCGCCAAGCAAGUGUGGAGGCUCACCAGAGAGAUGCUCACGAAUUCCAGAGCAUUCGAGAAGCUAUGAACUGUUCUAGGACUUGUGUAAUAUAAUUUAGCUAUGUUGUCUCGCAGUGAGUUACGUGAAGUGAAUUAGAUAUAAUCUACAUCCUCGAGUCAUUUUAGUAGGUUUAGAUGUUGCAAUUCCAUGUGAGUUCGCGUUCGGUAUACGAUGACUUGUGACGCAACGAAGUAUACGCGAUUUUGUUUUCGUGAAAUUUUUCGAAAAUUCCGCUCGGAUUGAACUGACUGUAAGUAGAAGUGAUACUUAACGUAUAGUAGGUAUCUUUUCGAACAUUGUUUUGUGAUAUACUGUAAAUAGCUUACUUGUUGUACAAUUUUAGUGAUAUUUAAUUUAAAAGAAACACCGUGUAUUUAUUUGACUGAAAUCUUUUAAAGUAGGCGUAUAUAGUAAUAUACAG